AUGUCUAUACCAGGCCUGGUACCCGGAGUCGUCUUAAUCAUUGGCCUCGGUCUUCUCGCAACCUACACUGGUUAUAACAUCGGCCUGUUUCAGGCAAAUUCGGCCGCGAGCUCUUCAGCACUGGUUAUUUCACUUUUGGAAAUUCAUUAUGGGGAGCCAUCUUCUCGUCUUCCGCUCUAUGAUAAAUACCCUUACCAACCACGGCACCUACUCUACCAUCUUAGUAUUAUGAACAUGAUCAUUUCCAUCACCCUCACGCUCCCGCGUACUAUGAAGGGCAUGAUCUGGAUGUCUUUCAUUUCAUUUCUCAGUAUUUUCACCGCCGACAUGAUCACCAUGAUCACCAUGAGCAUUGAAAGCGAAAGCCACGCUGACCUCAUCAUCCAGGCCACGGUAGAAACAAACCUUUAUACAGGCUUUCAGGUCGUCUCGAAUAUCGUGUUCGCCUACUGUGCCCACGUUUCCUUCAUUGGACUUAUCGCCGAGAUGAAGUCGCCUAAGGAUUUUAAGGAAUCUCUCUUUAUGCUCCAAGGAUUUGAGAUCUGCCUACAUAUCACCAUUGUUAUUAUUGCCUACUUCUAUGUUGGCCCUGAAGUGAAUUCCAGUGCUUCUAGCUCCACCGGCUCUUUAAUGAGUAAGAUCGCCUUCGGAAGCGCUAUUUCAACCAUUAUCGGCGCCGGCGUCAUGAACGGCCACAUCGAUCUAAUAUACAUCUUCUAUUGGCUGCACCUUAAUUACGCUCAAUGA